AUGAGUGGGUGGGACCAGCCUGAAGCUUCCACCCAUGCUUUCGGUGAUUGGGGAUCCAAUGAAUCCCAUGCUUUCGGUGAAUGGGGAUCCAACGAACGUGACUCGUCUUCGUCCGAGCAGAAAGGAACAUCCGCUUCCUCUACGUACCCUCCUCACGCUGGUGGCACGACCGUGCCCUCGAUCGCCUCGAGGCGCCAGCAGGCCCCCCACAACCAAGCCGUUCGAUCGGCCCGCGGUAAUCCCCCUCGCGGCUCGUCUUCCUCCUCGAGUUCCACGCUGGUUGAUGUCUCUCUUUCGCUCAAGAGCGAUCGCUCUCGUUACGAUGUAGGCGAUUCCGGUGGCACUGGCAGUCACGGUGGUGGUUGGAUACCCACUCCGAGCGCGUCCGAGGUUCCCCAGGGGCCGCCUGCGUUCGAUCAGCAACAGGCUCCGUGGGGGGUCUCGGAACGCCGAGGUGAUACCGCCGACAAGAGUGCGUACGACAACUCUGCAAAAGGAUCAUGGUCGAUAAAUCAAGCCGAUCUCAAUCUCGAAAGUCCAACUCAGGACUCAGGUGGUAGUGGUGGGUGGUUCGCAUCCGAAUUCGAGCCACGCUCCCCCGCCAAUCUCAAGCCCACCACUGGCGCUCGCGAUACCACCUCGAGCUCGAGCUCGUUCCGUCCCGAUGCCACGCCUUACGAACCCCUCGACUCGGUAACCUCGACUACGAAGACUUCAAUGGCCGAGUCGAGUCGUCGUCGCAAGGCUCAGGGAGGUAAGAGUUCAUCCGCUUCUCUGUGCCCUCCUCAUCGGCGUCGCCACUAACCUCGAUGACGCCUCACACCCGACAGCGUCCAAGGUUUCGCCGGAGGAGGAAGACUUCUGCUCGUCAGCGGCAUCGAUCGAGACCGAAUCCUGGAAUCCUGAGGUAACUCCCAGCGCCUACUCUCGCUGGGCCCCAGAAGGGUACGUGCCUCCUCCCGUCAAGUACCCGAUGAAGGUCCUCCGCCAAAUCUCGAGCGGCAGCAGUGUCAGUCCUCCUCCGUCGACCGCCAGUGGCCACAGCACGGCCAAAGCGGCUUCCUCGCCUGUGGAGGGCAACGACCCCUCAGCUCAAAUUGGGUUCACUUCACCUCCUCCGUCCCCAAGUCUUUCCAAGCUGCGCAACGAGAUGUUCAAGCCGAGCGAUGCCGAUACGACUCGCCCUCGUUCCGACCAAGCGACGAGGGACAUGUUCACCGUCGCGACGUUGGAGCAGAAUUCGCGCAUCGUGGCCUCGAUUCAAAGGGAAUUUUCCGAGUCGGACCUUGCUAAACCAGGGUGCGAUAUCAAGUUGGACGACCCCGAGAAGAUGCUUCGGUCAGCGUCAUUGCUCGACACCCCGCCGCACUUGAAGCUUAAGGCCCCAGCCCAGUCUGCCCCUGCUGCGCGCGGCUGGGCCGGCACGAGUCGUGGUGAUCGUGUCGACGUGCGCCAGAGGUCCUCUCCCAUUCAAGAGUCUCCUCCAGCCUCUGUUCAAGCUGAGAGUCCGAGGACGCAAAGGAGUACCAGUCUCGGUUUCGUCGAGUCGCCCAAACCUCUCGAAGCCAGUGCUUCGAAUCGGAGUGCUACGGGCGGCGGUUACGGAUCACCUGACUGCACCGAUACGACAUCGACUAAAGUGGGCUCGCUCGGAGCCGACACCUCUUCGUCGACUUCGGCAUUGCACGGCAUGAAAGGCCUGAUGGACCACCUUCGCGAAAUGUACGCCGAGAAACUCGAGUUGCAAAGUACGGUGCGCUCGCUCGAACGAGACCUCACGGCGCAACACCAACGCACCUCCAUCGCCGAAGCCCAAGCUCGCGUGCACCAACACAAGGCCCACGAUUUCGAGAUCAGGUUACUCGAAGCCUUUGACAAGCGUGCUCUACUCGGUUCAGAGCUCGAGAAUCUCCCAAAGCAGAACCAAGAACUUCGUCAACGCAACGCCGAGCUCGUCACCGCUGCUGAAGAACGAGCUACGGCGGAAAUGGCGACCAAGUCCGCGACUGCUUCGAAGGAUCCCGACUUUGACAAGCACUACAAGGAGCUCGAGGCGGCCAAGACCGCGCUGGAGAAGGACAAGACGGCCUUGUUGGCCGAUCGCUCGAAUCUCGUCACUCGGUUGAACGCGUCCGAGUUGGAUCGCGCUUCGUUGACGGGACGGUUGUUGGUUGCGCAGCAGGAUGCGAUGGAGAUGGGUAAUCAGCUCGCGCUUGAACAACGUGAAACCGCGCGCAGUCAGAAAGUCGAAGCCGCCAUGGUUCGCGAGAACAAGUCUCACUCGACCGAGAAGGAAGAGGCACCACUCGUCGAAGCUGCUCAUUCGUCCCCGCACCAAAAAGGUGGAGCGUCGAGGAGGUACUCACAAGACGAACUGCUCGCACUGCGCACGAGCCCGUUGAUCGAGCAGCAUGCCUUAGAGCUUUUAGCCGCAGCUCAGGAGUCGAGAGAUCUGCUUGCGUCGGCACCGCCAGAGCGUACUACAUUUUCAAACUCGGACAAGUCUCCGGAGGCUCAAGGUAUGUCCAGGACCAUACCAUGCGUGUCAUCGGACUGACCCGCGUGACCACUUCUCUCUCAGUACCGUCCUUUACGGAUACCACCUCACGCAACGGAACUGACUCUCAAUAA